AUAUCUACUUAAUUCAGUUAAGACAAUUUCUACUUUCAUCAUUCUCUGAAUUUCAACCUUAAGUGGCGCUUACAGUUUAUUAUCAUUUGUUCGUGAUCAUAAUUUUCUGAUCAUAGUUGGUGAUAUUUGCUUUUAUAAUCGGUUAUCUAAUUCAUUUUUAUAAAACAACCACAAAUACACAUUUCGGUUAAAAUGUCAAAUUAUCAAUUCAAUGUCGAUCAUAUUUUUAUAAAUAGAAGUUUUGAUAUUAUUAAACAAAAUCUAGAAGAUGAAAAUCACAAUUAUUUAGACAACUGUGAUAAGCUUCCAAAAUUCAAAGAAUUGAACGAAGUUGAGAUUAUAUAUGAUGCUAGUUCAGAUAUCGAAACAUUUAAAGGCUACCAGAAAGAGAUAGCACACCGCUUGUUCAGUUUCCAUCAUUUUCUUGGUAAUAACAAUAGAGUUCUAGGAGAAAGGAAAUAUAUUCAAGUGAAAUUUGAAUCACCAUUUUUGUCAAUGAUAUUUCUUGAAAGAUAUUUGGAAACUGCUUCAAGAAAAUACUUUCUGAAGCUUUAUAAGUUCAAUGAAACAGAAAUCAAUAAUCUUGUUACAAAAGUGGGAAGAAUCUUUAUUUACUCUCAACUUUUUGCCUUACCCUUUCCAGCCUCAAUAUAUAAAAAGUCAAACUAUCAAGGAGAGGUAGCGCCACCACCUGAAGAACAAAGAUUACAGACUUGUGUUUCCAAUAUGCGUUCCGCGGCAACUCUGGCCUUAACAUGUACUUUCAGAACAAGAAGAGGAUUUGUUAAAAGUUAUCGACAGAUAGAACCUAAUAUGUUAUGUGAAGAUGAUAAUGAGAUGGAGUCAAUUAAGCUUUCUUUCGUAAUUGGAAUAAUUCCCCCAACUAGUAAUUACAAUUCUGCAAUGCUUGAAAAUAAAGCUAUGGUAAGUCUUGCUGUAUUCGUUGGCAUCUUACUGCCUUUACUGUCAUUAUUGAGUCAUCGAUAUAAGACAGUGGGGAUACUACCUCAGAGAUCGCUGUCAUUUGCUGGUUAUUAUGUCCAGGUUAAACUAAGGGAUACGAUCUUUAAUAUACCUAUUGAAGUAAAAUAUUCAGGAAUAUUUAACUCAUUUAGAGAAAGAGACACACUGUUUUUAGAGAUAACUAACCAAUGCAUUUACCAAAUGCUCACUUUCAAUUCCACAAUCGGUUUUGCAAUUGAUAAAACUUCCAUAAUGGUCUUAAAACUAUUCAACAGUGAUGUACCUGAGUUUAAGCUAGAUCUAUUGACUCAUAUUCGAUCUGAAAAUACUAAAUGUAGCAUUUAUUGUCAAAAGUUCUCGGAAUGCAGCCCUUCAUUAAUACUUUACAAUCUGUUAUCAAAAUACUUUGAAGAAGUAACUAUGAGUAAUGUAACACGCGAUAAAUCCAAGUUAAGAACUUCUGUGAGACAUUCGGUCAAAUACAAACCAUAUUAGUUAUCUCUCUUCAUCGAAUAAUACUAUAUAGUAAAUAUAUUAAAAAGAUAAC